AUGGCGCAGGGCGAGAACGCGAUCGACAUGAUGCUCGAUCUGUACUUUUCCUUCCUGCGCCGCAAGACGGACUUCUUCAGCCAGGGCGAGAUGUGCGAGCGCGCGGUCCAGUCCGCGUUCGAGCGCCAGCGCGCGAUCGUGGCCAAGCAGGCCGAGGAGGACGAGAAGCGACGCGCGAGGGUCAAGCAGGCUGAGCUCGAACGGAAGAUGGCCGAGCAGGCGAAGGCCGCGGACGGCAGCGAUAAGAUCCAGGAGAUCACCGACGAGGAGGCGGAGAAGAUCAAGAGCGGCGGCGAUGACGACGACGUAUCGCACGACUUGACCGCCGACGAAGACGAUCAGGACAAGCUCGCGCCGGGCACGAUGAUGCCCAACUCGGGCAACGGCGGCGAAGCCGAGCAUUACGUCUGGCAUCAGACCCUCACGGACGUGGACGUGCGCGUGCGGAUCCCGGUCGGCACCCCCGCCAAGCAGAUCGUGUGCGACUUCAAGAAGAGCAAGUGGGUCUUCGGCUUGAAGGGCGCGACGCCGAUGAUCGAGGGCGACUUGUACGCCGACGUCCAGAUCGACGACUGCUUCUGGACGAUGGAGGACAAGACGACGGUGCUGGUGACGUUCCAGAAGAAGAACGACAUGGAGUGGUGGGACUGCGUCGUGAGGGGUCACCCGUGCAUCGACACGAAGAAGGUGACGCCGGAGAACUCGAAGCUGAGCGACUUGGACGGCGAGACGCGAGCGACGGUGGAGAAGAUGAUGUUCGACCAACAGCAAAAGAUGCAGGGCAAGCCCACGUCCGACGAGAUGAAGAAGCAGGACAUGAUGAAGCAGUUCAUGGACGCGCACCCGGAGAUGGACUUCUCCCAGUGCAAGUUCAGCUGA